ACACCAUCCCCCGACGAUGGUGUCGGAAGCAGAGCAACCACUGCAGGGAUCCCAACCAUACGUAGAACAACAGAACGGUUUCUUGUUGUAGACAGCAUCAAAACCGAGUUAGAAUCAAAACAUCGACAUAUCUACAUUGCCUCCAUUCCCAAGAGACAGAAAGGACUACUGGCAUACAAAUACAAUACAAAACACAACACAACACAACACUUCCGCCCCGUGGCUGUUCGUCUUCGGUCAUUUUUGUUCCUCGCGUCCGGGUCGGGUCGCUGCUUCCAAUGGUUUCGGGAGGCAUGACCGCCCGGGUGGAAUCGGUCCUGGCGGACACCCUCGACGACCUGCACGUCCGGAGCGAGGUMGGCGCCUGCCUSAGCGACAUGCUGCUGGACAUCGAGACCACCCACCACCUGCAGCAGCAGCUCGAGCUGGAGCAGGCGCAGAAGCUCCUGGAGAAGGCCCGGACCGAGCGGCAGGGGGUCAUCCUGGAGGCCCACGCCGAGCGGUUGGAGCGGUACGACCGGCGCCUCGGAAUGGCGGACGCCUUUCUCAAGGAGCUCCUCGAGGCCAACCGCGAGGUCCGGGAGCUGAUGGAGUGGAAGGAAGYCCACGAGCACAAGGUGAGGAGCUACGACGCCGUGGUGGCCAGGCUCGCGGCRACCGAGGAGCAGCUGAGGGAGGCCCGUUCGAACGGGCACAAGGCGACAGCAGCAGCAGCAGCAGCGGCAGAGGAAGACCCGGGCGGAUCGGGAGGGGAAGCCGCGGGCGCAGAGCACCACGAAGCGGGGGAACCGGCUCGUUCGCCCAUCGAUGCCGCAGCGAACGCCGAAUCGAUGCCGGAAGAGACCCCCGAAAGCACGACCACGGUAGGAAACCCGACAGACACGGCAACAGCAACAGCAGCAGCAACCACAACGACGACAGCAGCAGCAGCAGUCCAUGACGAAACGCCAGCAACAACCGAUSCCACUACAAAGGAACCAGACACUCCGGACCCUGCGGGCCAAGCCGAGACCGAGGAACAAACCAAUGAAGUGGCAGGAGGAGGGCCCCAAAACGCAUCCUCUGYAGAGGAGGACCAGAAACCACCSGCCCACGACGCCGCGGUGGUUUCCAUCGACACCGAAGCCGACAGCAAAGAGGACGUUCCGACCCUGUUGACGCUGGAGAUGGAACCACUCAUGAUGAUCUUUGGAUUYCUCGAUGCGAUGGACAUUUUGAACACGGCGCAGAUCAAUGUCACUAUGUACACCAAGGUCGACAACAUUUUCGGAAUAUCGGAAGACGGMCAAUCGCCGCCCGUCCCCACGCCAUCGAAGCCCCCGCCCCCUCCCAAACCAMCGCCGCCAGCGGUGGCGGAAACCCCUGCCAUGAAACCACCGCCGCCGCCGCCUCCCCCAACAGAGGGAGGCGGCUCGGCAGCUGGUGGGGCGUCCCCCGCCUCGGCGGCCGGCAAGGGCAGGGGACUCUUUUCCAUGAUGCAACCCGCCAAAGCCGAARCAAAGCAGUCCCAGCCCCUCAACGCAAAGGUGGCACAGUCGAUGGCAUCGAAACUGUCGGAUGCGGAACUGGCGGCCAUCAUUACCAUGACGAACAAACUGUCCAAGCUGGAAAAGGAAGGACGCGCGCUGAGAAACGAAAAGGCGGUCCUGCUGGCGAAGCUAGAGGGCACGGAAGGAGUCAAGCAGUUUUUGAUCGGAAAGGUCCGCGACGUCGAAGUCAAGCUCCAGCGGUCCAAGGAGGACGAGAUCAAGGUCACCCAGCAGAUUGCUUCCGACCAAGAAGUCAUCGCCUUUCUAGACGGACGCGUCCAAGAACUCGAGCAGCAGACCGAGUCCCUGACGAUGGAAAAAACGGGAACCCAGGCGGGACUCGACGACCUCAAGGUGUCUACCUCGAAAAAGAUCACCAUGCUCAGCGACAUGCUCAAGUACGAACGAGAAAAAGUACGCGAAGACGAGAGCGACUGGAAGGCCACCAAGAAGGUGCUAGUGAAGGAAGUAAAGAGCUGCCGCGCRCAGAUCCUGGCGCUCCAGGCCGAGAGAGAYGGCCUCCUGGAGCAAAACGACAUGCUCAAGCGAGCCGUUGUGUCGACCGGUGGCGGGGGAAAGCCGCAGCGCUGAACAGAAGACACCGAAGCACUAGUGGUGGGAGACAGCGSCGAGUGAUGCUUUGGAGCAAGCAAGCCCGGGACGUGGUUUUUUCCCUCUUCCCGUGAAUGGGACCCGCCGACGAUGGCACCAUCAUACUUUAACUUG